CAUACUAAUACAAUGACAACUAGUUUAACAUCAUUAUGGUGCGGUGAACAUGGUCUUGUACCAGCUUUACAUUUAGUUUUCACUUAUGGUUUUCGUUCAAGUCGUAUAUUUCAACGAAAAAUGUAUGUAUGGGAUUAUUUCGAAAAAGUUGCUAAUGAUUUCUUGGCGAAACUUCAACCUACUAAUCUUGAUCGACAGAACCAACAACAACAGAGUAUGGAUUUCCGAGUACCAGAAUUGCAAACUUCCAGUAGAAUUAACUAUUUACCAUUCUCUACUCAUAGUCUACCACGUUCAUUAACAUCGAAACAUAAUUGUUAUAGUCAAGGAAAUAAUAAUAAACAUGAAAAAAUGUCAACAUUCACAUCUGUCAUUAAAUCACAUGGAUUACUACCACAUUCACCAUCAUUUUCUGUUGUUAAUGAAGUUUAUUCAAAUUAUAAUCAUAGUCAACCUGAACAAAACUAUGCCAAUACACGUUCUAAUUUAUCCUCAUUUUCACAACCUGCUUCACCUGCAUUCUCUCGUUUAAUUUCAAUUAGUGAUAAUUUGAAUACAUCACAAAAUGAACCUAUUGAUACUUUAAUAAAUAAUAGAUUAGCUUCAGUGCCCAAUUCUAUACAGCAGUCUGCAUUACAGUUUACUAUGUAUGUACAAAAUAUCACUAAUAAUAGUAUGAAUUUUGGUAAAGAGGGUAAAUUUCAGCGUUUUAUUUGUCAUGCACUUCGUGAUCACCUACUCUCUGAUUGGUUAUCUGUAUUGGCAAUUAGUUCUAUCACUUAUCAUAUGUAUGAACCAAGAAGUUUUUUAUUAAGCCAUGAUUUAAGAAAAAUAAUACAAGAUUUGUUAACUUCCCUGGAUGAAUUCAAUUUAACGUUUGAACCUGCUCUACUUGGUAGUGAUAUUCAAAACUAGUUUGUACUUCUUUAUAUUUAUUUGCUUCCGAACAUCAUUUUCAGGUUACAUUUUAUUCUUAAUAUUUGCCGUCCUGCAAAUUCCUCUUUCAUAUUAUCUACAGUUUUAUUUACUUGAAAACACAUAAACAUCGGUACAAGAAGGCACCAGAUAUGUACGCACCACACUUUGUCUUUUGAUUUACGUGUGUGCUGAAAUAUCGCUUGGGGUGCCUAAACCAAAGCAGCAUUUUGAAAAGAAAGGAGAGGACAGUGAUGAUAUAAAGUAGAGAUGGAAACUUUUCGAUCACACAACUUUGCGUUUUAUCAUUUUGCAUAUUGAUGCAAUUUAUUUCUAUUUUUUUCUCUGUAUAUUAUCAUAGUCUCAUUAUUGUCACGAUUGACGUUUAACUAUUGCAUCAUCACCAUCUCCAUAAUUAUCAUUUAUUGUUUGUUUUUAUAUCUUCAAUUUGUUUUUUAUCUACUUUUCUUUCAACAAAAAAGUAAAGAUCUCUUUGAAUUGUGUUAGAUUAUUCAAAUGGAAUAAUUCCACAAUUUCGACAUUGAAUAUAAUUUAAUGAGUUGACCAAUACACAU